AUGAAGUCCAUUGCUGCACUUGCCGCCUAUUUCCUUGUCGCAGUGACCACUGCCGCACCCGAUCCACUUAUUACCCCACGCGCUGAGCUUGCACCCCGGCAAACAUCAUCCGAGAGUGAUCCGGCGCUGGUUGGUUGGAUCGACGCGACGGAUGGACAAUUUUCCGAUCUCCGCUCCUGCGACUACCCAGCUACCUUCUCCACCUCCGGUACUUUCGCACAAUGCUGCGCACCCGAUUCCGACUGCACCUUCUGGUCAUCAUGUAGCUCUGCAGCGCUGUUAGCUGGAUCCACCAGUCUGUUCUGCGAUCAGGGAUAUUGUAACACGGCGGUUGUGGUGCCAACUGUGGGUGCGAGUAAGGGUGUGGACUUCCUUGGAUGCUGGGCGACGAGUUUGGGGACGGGGGCAUUUACCGUGGUGAGAGAUAUUGGGGAUGCUGAUGUUGCACCGGCUUCUUCGACUGAAACUGGUGAUGAGGGUACUACAGGUAGUUCCCCUACUUCUACUGCCGCGGACGCAUCUGCGUCUGAAACGUCGAGCAGUGCGACAGAGUCUUCUACUGACGCCGAUGUGACGACGGGCUCAGCUGCUGCCGAGACUUUGGAGCCAUUGACUGGCGUAGUCGGCUUGGUCGCGUUGUUGUUUGGCGUGUUGUGA